UAAUCUGCAAUUUCAAUCCGAUGAAUUGUGACAAAGGCUGUCAGCGUCAGAAUUAGAAAUCGAUACACCAGACGUUCCUCUGGAAUUUUAACCAUCCUUUCCUCCCGCACGUGAAGCUGGCGCGUAGCGCUCCGCCUGCUCCUCGCAGUUUCAGAUGUUUGCCGCGUUGAUGCUGACAGACUAUUGUUGUUGAGUGUCCAUGCGAGACUUGGGGUGAAAACAUGUCUGGCCACUUCUCUGAGAGGAUCGCUGCUAUCAGAGAUGGCAUUUUGGUCCAGCACUUCUUUUUUUACUUCUAAAGUGCCCCGGAAGAUCUUAUUCAUGUUCACCCUCUCCCUUUCUGUCACCUAUUUGUUCUAUAGCUUGAUGAGCUGUUACAACUCCUUCCAGUUCCAGGAGAACUACGUUUAUCAGGCGAGGCUGGUGACAGAGGAAACAACUUUUGUCACGCUAAGGGAAAAACUUUACCCGACUUCUUCCCAGGGCUAUUUCGACGAGGAAAUAAUAGAAAGCUCGGCGACAGAGCAAACUAUCGCCGUCUCGAGUUUGAGAAACAACGCGGGUCUCGAGGAGAGCACGGCGGCAUGGGCGCGAGUUCCGGCGGCUCCGACCAGCAGCGUUUCGGGCUACCAGCACCCGGAAUUCAGCACCACGGACAGCGAGCACCGUAGAGUGGUGAACUGCACCUCGGAUUACGGGGAGAAAAAAUUGCCCCAAGCCAUUAUAAUCGGAGUAAAGAAAGGGGGUACAAGGGCUCUGCUCGAAGCUUUGCGGGUUCAUCCCGAUGUCCGAGCGGUUGGGAAUGAGCCGCACUUCUUUGACAGGAACUACGAGAAAGGUCUGGAUUGGUACAGGGAACUGAUGCCUUCUACUCUGGAGGGCCAGAUCACAAUGGAGAAGACGCCCAGCUAUUUUGUGACAAACAGCGCCCCAAAGAGAAUCCACUCAAUGGCGAGAGACAUUAAGCUAAUCAUAGUGGUGCGCAAUCCAGUGACCAGAGCCAUUUCAGACUAUACUCAGACACUCUCCAAGAGACCAGAGAUUCCCACCUUCGAAGUGCUGGCCUUCAAGAACCGAACACUGGGACUGAUUGAUGCGUCAUGGAGUGCAUUGCGAAUAGGGAUCUAUGCUCUUCACCUGGAGAGCUGGAUGCAGUAUUUCCCCCUCUCGCAGAUGCACUUUGUCAGCGGAGAGAGGCUUAUUGUUGAUCCGGCAGGCGAGAUGGCGAAAGUACAGGAUUUCCUGGGACUCAAGGGAAUUGUUACAGACAAACAUUUCUAUUUUAAUAAAACCAAGGGAUUCCCGUGCUUGAAGAAACCAGAGGACAGCAGUACCCCACGAUGCCUUGGCAAGUCCAAGGGCAGAACUCACCCCAAAAUAGACCCUGAUGUAAUUCGCAGACUGCACAAAUUCUACAAGCCCUUUAACAUGAUGUUCUACCAAAUGACAGGGCAAAACUUUCAAUGGGAAUUGGAGGAGGAUGGUAACUCACCUGGUUUCCGGGACUAAAAGACUACUGCUCCACACCACCAGCCUCCUCACAGCAGUAAAGCCCAUCAUUCCCUCAAACCAUGCCUCGACACGUCAAUCAAUCAUUGCUGUCUUUGCAAAAGUAUGUGUACCUAUAGCAAGAGUACUGAUCUACUCUGUCAACCUCCAAUACCAAUAGUGUUUAUGAUGGCAAACGUUAUUGUA